UCCGUGAACCGGAAGUGAUUAAUGUUGUCUCUCCUGCCGGAAGCACAUGAAGCACCGGAGCUGUCUGAGGCUCUGUGACCGGAAAUACCGAGGCCAGGACCGGUAGAACCGGGAGCAGGAACAGCCAUGCCCAGGAGGAAACAGUCUCACCCACAACCGGUGAAAUGGGGAAGUCAGGAGCACUUAGAUGCUAAUCCUAGCAGCCUGGUCCUGGACACAGAUCUCCUCCUGGGUCACGAGAUGGACUUGUCAGAUAGUAGCGACCGUCUCCUCUCCUUCUCUAAGGACUCAGAGGAUUCUGUGGUGUGUAAGAUGGAGAUCCCAUGUUACUCUCUCAGUGAGGAUGAGUACUCGGGGUACCGGCCUCUUAGUGCUGACAGCGAUCCUGAGGAAGUCGGGGUAGGAAACCUUCCGUCCCCCUGUAAGCAGUGUGAGAGCAGCCGCUGCCUGUACCUGGAGCACCAGUGUCCUGAGGGUCCGGCUCCUCUCCCAAUGACUCCGCCAUCCCCGGCCUCCGAUACACAGAAGGACAGGCUGCUCUAUACCUGCCGGCUGUGUCCCUUCUCUACACACUACUCCAGCCACCUCAAGCGUCACAUGAAGACGCACAAUGGGGAGAAGCCCUUCUGCUGCCCCCACUGUCUCUACGCCUCCGCACAGCUGGUGAACAUGAAGCGCCACCUGCGCACCCACACUGGCGAGAAGCCCUUUCGCUGUGAACUCUGCAGCUUUUCCUGCAGCAGCCCGGGGAAUCUGAAACGCCAUCAACGGGUCCACACCCAAGAGAAACCGUACGCAUGUAACCUGUGCUCUUAUCGCUGCAACCAGAGCCGCAACCUGAAACGCCAUCUUCUGGCCCACCGGCGCAGGAGGAGGCAAGAGAUGAGAGAGGAGGAUGAUGAUGAUGGAGAAGAGGAAGGAGAGGGGAGAGAGAUGGGGAGCAGCCAGCCCAAAGAUGUUUCUGUCACAGUCCUGACCCUUCCGGUGACCUCUGGCGACCUAGACGUCUUUCUGCCAUCUUGUACUGGUCGUGCCCCCUCACCCCCUGCGCUUUCAGCUCCCACUGAUGACAGCCUCCCAGAGCUCCUCUUCCCAUUCACGUGUCGCUCCUGUGGCAUGGUCCUGGAUGAUGGCUGCCCGCAGGAUGAGGAUGAUGAUGAUGAUGAUGAUGCUGCUGGGAUGGAAGACCAGUACUGCUCUCGCUGCAGUGUUCCUGCUCCGGCCGGCAGCCCCGGCAAAGGCUUUUCCUGUGUACUUUGCUCUUUUGUGACUCACUACCCCAACCACUUGUCUCGCCACAUGAAGACGCACAGCGGCGAGAAGCCCUAUAAGUGCCAACUGUGUUCCUACGCUUCUGCUCACUAUGACAACCUAAAGCGACACCAAAGGGUACAUACCGGUGAGAAGCCCUAUAAGUGCCAGCUGUGUGACUAUGCCUGCGGAAACCUUGCCAACCUGAAGAGGCACGGGCGCAUCCACUCUGGGGAUAAACCCUUCCACUGUGGCCUGUGCAACUACAGCUGCAAUCAGAGUAUGAACCUGAAGCGCCACAUGCUGCGGCACACCGGGGAGAAGCCGUUCCGCUGUGCGCGCUGCCACUACACCACAGGCCACUGGGACAACUAUAAGCGGCACCAGAAGACCCAUGGUCAUUGUGGGGGGACGGGGGAGCUCCAAUGUCCUCUGAAAGACAGUAUAUUUACUAAGCGUCCGGACUCUGAGAUGGCAGCCUGAGGGCGACAUGUCUGCCCUGUGUAUAGCUGGUAUCCUGUCUGUUUGCACAUUAUGGAGUAUUGCAUGGCCGGUUCAUGUGUCUGUCCUAAUUUGUGGCAUCAGUGUGAUGUGAGCAACAUGAUUACAAAUGGAAUACAUACUGAA